AUGGCUUUUUCCAAAGCCGCACGCUUCCCCAGCCGGGAAUUUUCUACUCCCGGACCGGGGAGCUACAGCCCAAGUGCCAGCCCGAGGCUCUCUGGUGUACCUGCAUACACUUUUGGGCAACGGUCCAGACGUCAGAACAGGGCCACGGAAAUGUUGCCAACACUGGAUGUUGCAAAUCUGCAACUUGCGAAAGAACUGGGCCGUGGUGGCAUGGGAACGGUCCGCAGGGGAAGUCUGUUGGGCAAGCCCAUUGCUGUAAAGACAUACCGCUAUGACCCCCAGGUCUGGUGCGACCCGGAAGAAGACCGGAAAGCAUUGCUCAGAGAAGCGUUGAGGCUCAAAAGGCUGGAGCAUCCGAACGUGGUGCAGGUGGUCUGUCUCGUGGCUGAGAAGCGCACUAUGGUCGGGUUUGGCAUGGAGCAGCUCGGCGAGAGCCUAGCAAGGGCUUCUGACAAAGGACGACUAAGCGGGCGUCGCCUUGCCAGGGCCUUUCGGGCGACGUGCGAGGCUGUGGCAUACAUCCACGGGAUGCUGGUAGCACACCUGGACAUUAAGGCAUCCAACCUGUGUUGUUCCCGUCCUUGGAGCUUCAAUGUGAAGCUUAUCGAUUUCGAUGCUGCAAUGGAGCUCAAGAAGGCUGACGACAUUCUGCACCGCUACCCGGGCACCUUCGAGGCAGCAAGCCCGGAACGUAAAGCCAGGCAGCAGCCCUGCCGUGCGGUUGCGGAAGACUAUUACAUGACCGGUUAUGCCUUCAUGAAUUUACUCAUCACAACACCAACCGACCGCGCAGCAGAGUGUCUGCGAGCUCGAGUGAUGCCCUUGCUGCGAUGUGCUCAGCAAAGGCCGUCCGUGCAGCAGAUCCUGGAGACUUGGCACAAUCCGAUCGAAGCCGCAGCGGAGCCGGCAGAGCCAUUGCCGACUCUUCUUGCGAGCGAACCGGCCAGUGGUGACGUCCUCACAAAGCUUUUUCAUGCCGUCGGCAAGAGCGUGGCAAGGGAGCCCUUCAGCUCUUUCGGGCGGCGCUGGGUUGAGUUCUACAACUGCGACUGUUCACCAGUCCUGCCCGUCCUGAGCGUUGCUCCAGGUCCUCCAGGUAAAGCGUGCAAAGGCGGCGGCAUUCCUUUGAGCCGCGUCGUUCCACUGACCUGGGACGGGGGUAAUGAAUGUGAUGCCCCCUUGUACCAUGGAAGAGCUGCGAGUCAUGUCACUACAGUUCCGAUGGGCGCUGUCACGACGAGCGGAGCUCGCAGCAUGGGUGGCAAUUUGGUCCUCUUUUGUGCCACGACGGUGGUCGACCUCGCCAUCCACGGUGAGACUGCUGUUCCAACCUUGGCAGCAAAGACGAUGCCUCGUUACCCGGCGUGUGAGAACAGGAGCGGUCGCUGUCUCUUAGCACCACGGCGGGAGGUUCAUGCAGAACUGGGCUUUCCUGAACCGGCUUUGAUCAGCAACGAGGUGUUUGCAGAGGUCCGAUAUGGCUUAGCUCCUUCCGUGGUGCAGCGCUUGGAUUUCGAAGACAUCCGAGAAGGGACGCUGCGUCUCUUCGCCAUCCCUGGCUUCGAAGGGGAUGUGCGAGUCGUGACUGUUGUGGAUGAGACGGCAGCCACAGAAGUUCUGGCACAGAUCGGUCACUCUGGCAUGCUAGGCAAUGCAGGCUUGCAGAGGAAGAGGCUUUCAGAGUUUCUCCAUGCCGCCGCAGCAUCUCCUUCGGCAGCCAAGUGGCCGACAACAGCAGAGGUAACAUCCGGUGACUUCGCCGAGAGCCUGUUGCAGAGGCCUGCUCCAGAAGAGAUGCGUGGUGCUGCUGUGGAUGAAAGUGGGCUCUUCCCUCACCAGGUUGCCACAGUGACAUGGAUGCAAGGCAUCGAACAAAGAGGAGCGCAGCCCUUGCAGGUGGCGCCGUUGCGCUUCGCAGGUACCAGCCUGGGCUCCUCUUACGAUUUGACCCUCCCAUGUGGGGGUGUAGUGGCACACCCUCCUGGUUCAGGCAAAACGCGUAUUGUGGCAGCCCUUGCUGCCCGUGACAACGGCCGGGAGGCACACGAGGGUCGGGUCCUCUCCGAGAAUCGCCCAGCCGACCUGCGGAUCCUGGGGAAGUGGAUGCAGUGGCUCUGUGGAGACUCCUCGCCGCGCUCGCCCUCGCCGCAGCUGCAGCCACCGCAUCCGCCGCAGGCUCUGGUGGUGCCACAGGCGGCAGAGCCGAAGCUGACUUUGAUUGUUUGCCCCGCUCAUUUAGUUCGCCAAUGGCAGCAGGAGCUGCAAGGCCAAGGCGCUGUCGAUACAGAGGUCACGGACUAUGAGUCUGUGGAACACAUCAUCUUCGAAGCUGGCAAGUGGCACCGGCUGGUGAUCGACGAGCCGCAGGACUGUCCGGGAUCGGAGAACUGGCAGUCUUUGCUGGCUCUUGCGGAUGGGUUUCGCGAUGAUGGAGCCGCUAUCUGGCUGCUCUGUGGCACUGCUCCCUCCCACCUGGAGUCCAUCGGGCCUCUGCUUCUGGGCCGGCGGAACUGGCAUGUGGCCUGGCGCCAAUCCGAGUGGACAGGCUUCCCACAGCUAGCUCACCUCAUCCGGACGCGCUUCCUCGCGGAUCCUCCCUGGGCCUGUCUACCGCGGCCGACCCUACAGUGGCACAAUGAGCCCGUGGUGCUCCGGCCCCGGGAAAGCACCGACGCUGCAGUGGCCAACCUCGCCGGCUUCGUCCUGGACAGUGUCCUGCUCCUUUCCUUCGGAGCCGGCACAGCCUUCGCGGCAGCUCAGGAGAGAGAUCAGCUGCUGCUGCAGAUGGGAUGGUACAACUGCGUGGGCACGUCCCUGCUGCCACCCGCAGAGCAUGCAUUGGCGGACUGGGAGGGUACUGUGGCCCAGCGCAGCCAGCAGAAGCUGGAGAAGCUCGCAGAGGACAUCGCUAAGCUGGAGGCUACCGAGAACCAGCAGGGCUUGCGCUACCAGUUGGCAGGGGGGGACGCUGCCAUGGCUCCAGACCUGUCCUUUCUUGCAGUGGAGACGGUGCGCGUUCAUCUAGAAGGAAUGCAAGACGGCCCAGUGUCCGAAUCGGCGUGCGCCGCCGAGUGGAACGCCCUCCUUCCGAGCCGGAGCUACGAAGGCCCGGUGGCCCGGGGAGUCGGCGAAACGGGCUGCGUCGCCUUGUACGAUGAGCCAGCGGAUGGCGACUUUGCGGCAGCUGCCACGUCUGCGCAGGCAGCAGGUGCCAUCGCCGUGAUCUUCGCUGCUGCAGAGUCAGAGAGACCUUUUGGCUACCCUCACGAGAGAGCGCCACCAGGCAUCCCGGCCUGCAUGGUGAGCCGUCGCCUGGCGCAUGCUCUCUUCUCCUCCGUGGCUGCCAACCGGCCAGUGACCGCGAGAGUUCUCCUGCUUGCGCAGGAAAGCCCGGAGGAAGACAAAGACGUCGAGGAAGGCCUGGUCUCAGCCUUCAUUGCAGAUGAUGCUGUUGACACAGCCCUACACAGACAGCUCAAGGCUCUGCGAGGCGAGCGGGAGCGCUGCGAGCGCUCCCUCCGAUUCGCGAGACAGAUGCGUGCGCUUCUUGAGAGGAACGAGGCUCAUUGCCCUGUUUGCUUCCAGUCUGGAGCAGAGACGGAAGCUUUUGCGGUUCUCCCCGACUGCUUCCACAUUCUGUGUCGUGCCUGCCUGGAGCAGCAGGCCGGCAUGGAUCCAACUUUUGGCUGUCCUAUGUGCCGCACGUCCGUGUUUCGUUUGGACGUGGUCGUCUUUCGCGCACCUGGUAGGCCAGAGCCUACAGUCGACGAGGAUGACGAAGACCCGACGAUGGUGAAGAAUUGCUGCGGUGAUGCCGAAGACUGCAGUUGUGAAGGGCAGGGACUGGAGGCAGCUUCUGUGCAGCGCGAGGUGCUGCCAUCAAAGCUGCAACGCUUGCUGUCGCUGCUCAGGGAGCUGCUGGCUUCUGGCCCGGAGGAGCGGGUGCUUGUCUACACACAGUGGGCCACGCAUGUGGUCUACUUGCGAGAGGUGCUGCAGCAGCAGGGCGUGCCAGCCUUGGCCCUGGUCGGUGAGCUGCGAGACACCAUGGACGUCCUGAGUCGCUUUGGCAGCCCCGACGAGCCGAGGGUGCUCCUCCUCUCCAGCCAGCGACAUUCUUCAGGCAUCAACUUGCAGAUGGCUCGGCACGUGGUGAUUGUGCAUCCUUAUUGCACGCCGACAGCCACCAGCCAGGACUCCAUCUCCCGUCUUCAGAUGCUGGCCUUUGAAGCGCAAGCGAUCGGACGAGUCCGACGCUACCCGCAGAAGAACACCGUGCAUGUCCACCGCUUGUUUGCGGUGGGAUCUGUGGAAGAAGAACUUUAUGCUGGAAGGUGA